UGUAUUUUUCUGUGAAUGGUGCUCCCAGACCCUGGGGCGCGCCCCUCCCUGGCAAACGCCCGAGCCCCUAGCUGUGCCCUCCAGUCAUUCCGCGGCAGGAUUCCGAUGUCCGCCCACUUAGCGGGAGUGGGCCUGCUGAUAGCCUUUCUUAGCAUGCUCCGCUGCUCUGUCCGGGCCCCAGGUGUGAACGUGAGCAUGGCAGAAGGGGACACUCUGAUAUCAGUGGAUUAUGAAAUUUUUGGGAAGGUGCAAGGGGUAUUUUUCCGCAAGUACACUCAGGCUGAGGGUAAAAAGCUGGGAUUGGUAGGCUGGGUCCAGAACACUGACCAGGGCACAGUGCAAGGACAAUUGCAAGGUCCCAUCUCCAAAGUGCGUCACAUGCAAGAAUGGCUUGAGACAAAAGGAAGUCCCAAAUCGCACAUCGACAGAGCAAACUUCAACAAUGAGAAAGUCAUCUUAAAGUUGGAUUACGCAGAUUUCCAAAUUGUGAAAUAAUGGCCUGAAUUUAAAUUUUCCAAGAAAAACUCGUGGUUUUGUUUUUUUAUUGUUAAUAGAACUGUUCUGUGUUCAAUAUUAGAAUUUGUCAGUAAGUUAUUUUAGUAUCAGAUAUUUGAUACAGAUACUGUAUAUUAUAUGUAUGAUGGAUGGAUUACAGGUGUACACAGGUCUAAUCAAUAAAAACACAGAACCUAUCCUUAUCUUUGGUGAACUUU